UAUUUGAUAUCAUUUACCUAUUUCAUUCAUGGUUUUGUAAAGGUGGGAGAAGAUAAUGCGAUUGUUUCAGUACUUGAGUCAAUGGAAAUCCAAAGCCAAUGACGGAAUUCAACAAUCACUUCUUAUCGCCAAAUUCCUCUGCUUAUUACAUGUCACAAGCAACUACGUUUUCUCUCCAGUAAUGGUGUACGGUCCGAGCAUGUUGCCGACCCUGAAUCUUACCGGUGAUGUUUUGCUGGUUGAACAUUUGUCGCCGUUGUUCGAUAAGUUGGGACCUGGAGAUGUAAUCCUUGUUCGGUCACCUGAUAACCCUAGGAAGACUGUAACUAAACGAAUUAUUGGCAUGGAGGGUGAUACUGUCACUUUUCUAGCUGACCCUUCAAAAAGUGACCGGUAUAUUAGCUUAAAGGUUCCAAAGGGGCAUGUUUGGAUUCAAGGAGAUAACAUCUAUGCUUCAAAGGAUUCACGACAGCUCGGGCCAAUCCCUUGUGGCCUUAUCUCGGGAAAAGUGUUAUACAGAGUAUGGCCUCCAGAGUGUUUUGGUUCAUUAUGACCACAAAAACAAUGUAUUGUACUGAAGAUAUACAAUUAAAAUGAGAAAUGUGAUUCUUUACUAGUCCUUAUUACCUAAUUCUAAAUAAUGAUUGUUAAUUUAUUUUGGUAAGGAUGCUUUACCAUGAAUUUGAUUUUUUUGUACAUUUGCAAUAUUUAAGGUAUGAAAUCAAGAAAAAUGUUGAGAGACAA